GUAGACUCGAAGGUAUGCUUACUGUACAUGGCCAUUGAUGCCGCUGGAUAAACUAAACCAGCUAUGUAAAUAACAGCGACGGGGGCAGUGGAGCUAACAUGCCGAAUUCUAUCACAGCUUAACAUGAGAAAAUAAUACAUGUCAUCUGGGUUUACUUUAUCCGGUUGACAAAACCACCGCGGCCGUCCUUUUAUGCACGUCACCGAAUUUGGCUUUGACAGCUCGCCCGAUGGUUUUCUUCAUUUGACGCACGAACCAAAUCAGACGACGGGCGGUUUUUCCUAAUAACCCAUUUGGGAAAAACGGGUCAUUAUGACCUUAGUAUCCUCCUCUAAAAGAAAACCAUUGGAUUGUUUUUACGCAGCAGCGUUCUGCUUGCAUUUCUUGCUGUGGAUUUUAUGCGCCGCAUCCGGAGAAGAGCUUCAUCAGUUCAGCGUUGAGGGAUGGCUGCAGAAGUAUGGCUACCUGCCCCACACAGACCCCAGAAUGGCUGUCCUGCGCUCAGCCCAGACCAUGUACCAAGCCAUUGCAGCCAUGCAGCGCAUCUAUGGCCUCAAUGUUACAGGGACACUGGAUGAGAAGACCACAGAUGAUAUCACACUAAGUUGGAUGAAGAGGCCGAGGUGUGGGAAUUCAGACAAACUAAAGGGCAACUCGAGGUCGCGGAAGCGGAGGUACGCGCUGACGGGGCAGAAGUGGCAGCGAACACACAUCACUUACAGCAUAAAGAACGUCACGCCCAAAGUGGGCGCCAGAGAGACCCACGAUGCCAUCCGGCGUGCGUUCGAUGUGUGGCAGGGGGUGACGCCGCUCCGCUUCGAGGCCGUCCCCUACAGCGCCCUGGAGAGCGGCCGGCGUGACGUGGACAUCACCAUCAUCUUCGCCUCAGGUUUCCACGGUGACAGCUCACCCUUCGACGGCGAGGGGGGGUUCCUAGCCCACGCCUACUUCCCGGGCCCUGGGAUCGGAGGGGACACCCACUUCGACUCAGACGAACCCUGGACACUGGGGAACCCCAACCAUGAUGAUGGUGCUCCUGCAGGAGAAAUCAAUAGGCGAAUAUCAAAGCCAAUCACAACACUGGUGGGUAAUGACCUGUUCUUGGUGGCAGUCCAUGAGCUGGGCCACGCCCUGGGUCUGGAGCACUCCAACGACCCCACAGCCAUCAUGGCUCCCUUCUAUCAGUACAUGGACACAGAGAACUUUAAACUACCUCACGAUGACCUUCAGGGCAUCCAGAAAAUCUAUGGUACUGUGUCUAUCUAUGGUCCACCAGACAGGUCCGCCCAGCCCACCAGAGCCCCACCCACGGCCCCUCCCCCACGCUUCCACCCCCCCUCGGAACCCCGUAAGCAUGACCGCCAGGUCCGGCCACACCGCCCUCCUCAGGGCGCAAAACCCUCCAACCCCAAUGCCAAACCCAACAUCUGUGACGGAGGCUUCAACACCCUGGCCAUCCUCAGACAAGAGUUGUUCGUAUUCAAGGACCAGUGGUUCUGGAGGGUGAGGGACAACUCGGUGGUCCCUGGCUACCCCAUGGAGAUCAACUUCUUCUGGAGAGGCCUGCCCGCCAAGAUCGACGCCGUCUACGAAAACAGCGAGGGGAAGUUUGUCUUCUUCAAAGGGAACCGGUUCUGGGUGUUCAAGGACACUACUUUGCAGCCCACCUACCCGCAGGACAUCUCUCUGUUUGGGAGUGGGAUGCCCACCCAGAGUAUAGAGACUGCUGUGUGGUGGGAGGACGUAGCCAAGACAUACUUCUUCAAGGGAGACAGAUAUUGGAGGUACAAUGAAGACAUGAGAAACAUGGACCCUGGUUACCCCAAACCCAUCACGGUGUGGAAGGGCAUCCCUGACUCUCCUCAGGGGGCGUUUGUGGACAAGGCCAACGGAUUCACCUACUUCUACAAGGGGAAGGAGUACUGGAAGUUCAACAACCAGCGGUUGCGUGUGGAGCCGGGCUACCCCCGCUCCAUCCUGAGGGACUUCAUGGGCUGCGACGGCCUACCGGCCGACCCCGACUGGGACUGGAGCCCUCCGGAGGUGGAGGAGCGCCACUACGACAGCAGCAGUGGUGACGUGGACAUCAUCAUCAAGCUGGACAGCACGGGGGGCACGGAGAAGGCCGUGGCUAUCGCCAUCCCCUGUAUCCUGGCGCUGUGCAUGAUGGUCCUGCUCUACACCGUGUUCCAGUUCAGGAGGAAGAGCACGCAGAGACACAUACUGUACUGCAAGCGCUCCAUGCAGGAGUGGGUCUGAGCUAAACCUGAGAGGGGACUGGAACUGUAGAGGAGGUGUAUGGAACUCCCACUACGGACUGUAAGGAAGAGUUAUCAAACUCAUAUUGUUCUGUAGUUGUUGAACUAAGCCCUUCUGUGGAUGGACAGUAUAUACAGUACAGUAGAGGAGUCCUCCUAACAUGGUCAAAACUGUGUUUUGCCCUCUUUGUGACAGACAAGGUGGAUUGAAGCUAGCCCUCUUCAUUCAACACUAUGAGGGACUGUGGCUGCCAAUUCCAACUGAGAGCUGUCUGCUUUGACUCUUGACUAUCUUUGGGUACACUCAGUAGUUAUUGGAGAAAGAGGAAAGCUGUGUGGGACCUAUGUCUAUCUCUGUCUUUGCACGCCCACAACAAGCCCUUACUAACUACAGUACAGUGGAUCAUUUAGUAAUAGGUUACUACUUUUGAUGUGUCCUAGUAAAGUUCAAGUUGCCCAGACUGUGCUUUUUGAAUUGAAUUCUCUUUAAAAGAUUAGUACUUGUGAGGUGGACUGUCUGAUACCCAAACCAAAUAUGACCUUCCCAGAGAGGAUUACGACUCCGAGAUUCUUCGUUGGGAUGUUUAAUUCUAAUCCAUGGAUCUAACAUCAUCAUGACAUUACAUCACGCUCACGUUUUCUUUGGCCAUGUCUUUUCCAUAUCUGCCUGUGACCAUCCGUCUGGUGUGCUCUGGUCUGGUCUGGUGUGCUCUGCUCUGGUCUGGUGUGCUCUGGUCUGGUGUGCUCUGCUCUGGU